CGGGACCGGCCCGGCGGAGUCAGGGCAGACCCGGCGGUGCCUCCUCCCGCGGAGCCGCAGCUGGAACAUCCGACGGCUGCGGCGCCGGUCUCUCCGUUCUUCCCCGCGGACUUGGCUUUGCACGGUGCGGCCCCCGCCGAAUGUCCCAGCGCGGGCCUCGCGUCCUCGGCCCAGCCGCGGCUUUGCUGCCUCGCAGGGACUUGGCUGGCUCGGAGGGGCAGAGGGGGGGAGCCCAGUGCGCGUUUACCGCUCCCGAAUGCGGGCUGCAGGCCCCCUCGGGAGGGUCUUCUUUAGCAGGGACUGACUUUUCCGCGGGAGACACCAUCACUCAUCUGGAAUUGCCCAUCCUGUCCUGACACGAUCCUCUGGAGAGGAGGGGUCCUCCUAACAGCCUGUCCCUGGAAACACUGCACACCCAGCGCUUCCCUGUGGCUAACUGACCGCUGUCUCCGAUGCUCCAGGAACAACCAGCCUUCACACAGGAGGAGGCAGCUUUUGAGAGAGAGCAUUUGUCUCGCUGCCUCUAAGCUGCCCCUCAGUUCUGUCUUCAGAGGGAGAUACAUGGUCCCAGAUGCUCUCAGGACUAACUGAUCCAUGUCUGUAGGAGACUGGUGCUCUGCAUGGCCUUCCAGAAGAUCUUCCUGACUUCCCACACAUACAAACCAUCUCACUGGUGCCAGGAGCUUGCUGCUGGAGAUUGCUGCUGGCCUGAACUCUCCUCCGUUUCCUGCAUCGCCAUGGCCUUUGGAGGGUUCCUGUGUGCAAGUUGCUUCUGGGAAGACUGAGGUAGAAUUGAAAUGGGGGGCUGAGGAGCAAGCAACGUUAUCUACCAAGUUAACAUGACCUGGGAGAGUGUUUGUGCAGUAUCCUCACCUGCUGCUGUCAGCACUGCCCUUAUUGGAGAGACUGGCUUCAUCCUACUGCCCAUCCAAGGGAGUCCUACAGCUUCUGAAAAUACCCAGUUCCUUGGUGUUGUCUCAGGAGCAAUCAAUGACCUGCUGUUUUCCAUGGGAACACCAGCAAAGCCAGCCCGUCUUCCCUUGCUGAAUCCCCUGACCCCUCUCUGAGGAGGAAACUUGCGGCCUGGCCUUGCCCCUGAGGCAGGGUGAGGAGUUGGAUCCAAAUGCAUACUCAUCCUGCUUGCCUUAGAGCUGAUGCUACUUCAGGUCAUUGAGAACAUCUCCUACUAAUUCAGCAUGACAUAAUAUCUGGUCUCCUGCCUCAUCCACAGGAUAAGUUUCUUGCUUCUUCUUGGUCUAUACAGAUGUGACUCCAGGUGUUCAGCUGUCUUGUCUGGUACAGGGUUUUCUAUAAUACUGUCAAAAUGCAGACACUGGCUAGUAGGUCCUGUUCAGGGAAUAUUCCUCAGAAGUCAACAAGUGAGCGCCCUGGGAUGCCAUCAGGAGCUCGAAUGCCCCAUCAGGGGGCUCCCAUGGGUCCUCCAGGCCCCCCGUACGUCGGAAGCCCCUCCGUGCGACCUGGGAUGCCCCAGACUGUGAUGGAAACAACAAGAAAACGCACUGCACCACAGCAGGUCCAGCAGCAGCAGGUGCAGCAGCAGGUGCAGCAGCAGCAGCAAGCCACCCAGAACCGAGCUAGGAGUGCCAAGAGGAGGAAGAUGGCUGACAAAAUUCUCCCUCAGAGGAUCCGGGAGCUGGUUCCUGAGUCCCAGGCCUACAUGGAUCUCUUGGCCUUUGAACGCAAGCUGGACCAGACCAUUAUGCGGAAGCGUGUGGAUAUUCAGGAAGCGCUGAAGAGGCCAAUGAAGCAAAAGCGGAAACUGAGACUUUACAUCUCCAACACGUUCAAUCCUGCGAAGGCGGAUGCCGAGGACUCCGACGGCAGCAUUGCCUCGUGGGAGCUGCGCGUGGAGGGGAAGCUCCUGGAUGACCUCAGCAAACAGAAACGGAAGUUUUCGUCCUUUUUUAAGAGUUUGGUUAUAGAACUGGACAAAGAUCUUUAUGGACCUGACAACCAUCUUGUGGAGUGGCACAGAACUCCCACGACCCAGGAAACGGAUGGAUUCCAGGUGAAGAGACCUGGGGAUGUCAGUGUGCGAUGCACAUUACUCCUCAUGUUGGACUACCAGCCCCCCCAGUUCAAGCUGGACCCACGGCUGGCGCGGCUGCUGGGGAUCCACACGCAGACACGCUCAGCCAUCAUCCAGGCACUCUGGCAGUACAUCAAAACUAACAAGCUGCAGGACUCUCACGAUAAGGAAUACAUCAACUGCGACAAGUAUUUCCAGCAGAUCUUUGACUGUCCACGGCUAAAGUUUUCUGAAAUUCCUCAGAGACUCACUAACCUACUGCUGCCACCAGACCCAAUAGUGAUAAACCACAUCAUCAGCGUUGAUCCCAACGACCAGAAGAAGACGGCGUGUUAUGACAUAGAUGUAGAAGUUGAAGACCCAUUAAAAGGCCAGAUGAGUAGUUUUCUUCUCUCAACAGCUAACCAACAGGAGAUUACAGCAUUGGACAACAAGAUUCAUGAGACAAUUGAGUCCAUAAAUCAGCUAAAAAUACAACGUGAUUUCAUGCUGAGUUUCUCCAAAGAUCCCAAAGGAUACAUCCAAGACCUUCUCCGGUCCCAAAGUAGGGAUCUUAAGGUGAUGACUGAUGUUGUUGGAAACCCAGAGGAAGAACGCAGAGCCGAAUUUUAUCACGAGCCAUGGUCUCAAGAGGCUGUGAGCAGAUAUUUCUACUGCAAGAUCCAGCAGCGCCGACAGGAAUUGGAACAAUCUCUGGGAGUGCGUAACACAUAAGUCCUGCUCACAAGAUCCCAUUGGCAUCAUGACCACCAAACCAGUGGACUUUUCAGUGUUACUAGCUCACUGUUACACACGGACCUGCUUCCUGACUGGAUGGGAAUGUACUGUCAACACACCAGUCAGAACACCAGCUUUAGAGUGACCCUUGAAAAUCUUGCCCAUGGCAGGUGUCUCAAACCAUCCCGGGCCAGAGGCAGCACCAUACAAGUGUCAGUGUGAAAGAAGACUAAAGGUUCAUUCAUCAACGUGCAUUGUUACGUUUUAGUGGAAAGUUCAGACACUAUACAGCAAAUCCUAAUGGGCUAAGGCACUGAUGGGGAGGUUGAGACAGGUGUUCUAGGAGAUGACGGAUUUAGAGAAAUAAAGGCAGUUCUCAUUCUACGGUACCCAAGAGUCUCAAAUAGUAACUUAUCUGGAAUUAAACAAGAUAGUCUUUCUUAUAGCUGUGGAAUGUUUUAUACUCCUGAAGAGAGUUUUUAUUCCAGCUGGACCAGUGAAAAAAGCUAUCUCACCAUCUGAAAGAACAAACAAGGAGGAUUUUCAUUCUGGAAUGUGGAGCCUCUCUCAAAGAAAGACAUACAGUCGGGACAUCUCUUCUGCAGAUGCAAUUCCUUCCUCUUCCCCUUGUCUUGGCAGUAAAAGCUAGACUGUGUCACAUAUCACUAGAUGGGUAUGAUCAAUGUCCUUUACCAAGAGGAUCAUCCCUGGAGUAAGAGCUUCUUAGGCAUCCUUAAUAUCAGUGGUAAUAGCAACAAAUGAGGUAUUCUGAGAAAAUGAAAAUAACAUAAAGGUGCUUUACUUGAACACAGCAGAUAUUAACAAUGAGCAUAUGUGUAAAGUAUCAGAUUUCUUAAAUGUUUCUCUGUGUGUGCCUGCGGGAUUCAUCACAGAAAAAAACUUCCUAAUUGUUGGUGCAGAUUCCAAGAAACUUAAUUUCAUGUAACAUGGUAGUUUUUUCUUCAAGAUGUUAACAGAGUCCCUGGAUUGGUCUCACAUUUUGAUCAUAGGUGAACUGCCUCUUACUAUGAAUUAUUUAGUUCCCCUGUACAUGAUAUGUGCUGGUUAUGUGGCAUGCUCUUGAGUUAUAAAGCACUAUCAGCCUUAAAUAGCACAAAGAACAUAGCCCUUGGAAAUCAUCUUCUUUGUAAAUGUAAAUUCAGACUACGGGAAUUUAUAGCACGUUUACUUGGAAGCAGGGACAUCUUCCUUAAAUCCUUUCCCUCCUCAUUUUUUGUAGUGCACAGAUCACAGUUGUGAUUAAUGGCCCAACGUGAAUUCUAGUCCAAAAGGCAGCUGCCAAAAUAUAACUGUCCAUUUGAUGUGGCACUCAAAAUCCUCUUCUAGGUUACUCCUUUUCACCUCCUUUCUUCAUUUCCUCGGAAAGAGAAUCAAAUUCACAUGUGGUAUGGAAGGAAGGCAGCUCUUCUGAAUAAUGCAUUUUUCUGUAGUAUUGCCUUUCCUCUUCUGCUACCUUUGCCAAUUUCUUUCUUAACUUAAAAGUUUCUUCUGUCCAGUCACAGAAGAGAUAGUGUUCUACCCCUUUAUUUAAUAUCUUUGCUUUCACAUUAAUAGUGCCAUAGCUUUUACUCUCCAUUGUGUUCGGAGAUGUCUUGGAAUAUUUACUUUUGAUUGGAGUCAUGUGAGGGCAAUACUGUCACAAAAAAACGUUGGUGUGAGAAAAAGGAUGGCUUUACCUCUUUUCCUGAGGCCUUUCACUGGGGAUGACUUCAUUUGGAACUCUUUUUUGUGUUAAAACCUCUUUUCACAGUAAAAUGUGAAAUCCUGCAGUCUUAAACUGGUUAUAGUGAGGUGCUGUGAGGCUGCCAGACAGUGAUUGACUUGAAAUCUUGCUUAAUUUAGGAUUCCACUAAUUGGACUACAAGAAAGCAUUAUGAGGGAAAACAGUUGGUUUCAUCUGCUAUUGUGCUUCCAUAUUUGUUCCACUGCUGUGUCAGUUGUGUGCACGCUGCCCAGUGUAUAAAACUGUUUUCUGUAUGUGGCAAACAGAGCAGCUGCAUUCAGGGGGUGUGUUCAGUCUGCAGGAAUAGGAAGUGCAGAAAGGAAAUGAGACUGAGAUAGAUGCCUGCAGGAUGUCUGCCAGGGAAUUCUGGGGUUUGAGAGCCUUCCCACUGAAGUGGCAAAUAUUUGUACAGAGAAAUUUCAGUCAUGUGCCACAGCUGGCAACAUACUGGAGUCCAGCCUGCUUUUAGGGCCUCUCUGUAGAAUUAAUUGAAUGGAUCUGGUUCCAAGUCUCUUUCAGAGUAAAUUACCAAAACUAAUGUGGUGUUGCUGCCCUGUUCACAGCUGCAUCGCUGAAAGCUGAAUCUGUGUUCAGCAGCAGUGCUGUAAUGAAGUGUGUGUGUGCAUGAAUCAGCCACUGCAGAUGGCAAUCCAGAAUCUAAAUUCUUACAUCCCACUGUCUAUAAAAAGACUGGUCACCAACAGUGAGUCUUAGGAAUAGCUGUCAAGUGUCUUUCCUUUGGCUGAACUGGGGUUUGAUAUUUUGAUGUCUUUUUCCCGUGUUCAGGAACAGCUCAGUUCUUUUACUGAAGAGGUACAGUGAGAAAUUUUGUCCUCUGUUCCAGCAGUGCAGCUGGGAGCUUGCUUUUUUGCAAAACAAAGAGAAAUUUUAUUUGAAGAGAAAUGAUGGAGCUAUACUGGAAGGAACUAGACUAGGUGCUGCUUGGGAGUACAAAAAUGAAAGGUAGUGGCACUGAACAGGCAGGUAAUUGUGGCAGACCGUGAAUGAGAAAUUCAUUUGAAGUUCAGGAUGGUUGUUGUUUUGUGUGUAUAAAAGAUGAUAAGAAGAUGUUUCAGGGUCUUAUUGCCACAGUACAAUACAAAUUUAUGCAUCUUAAAACAUUCUGUGCAUAGAAGUAGUUCAUGUAUAGAUGAUAAUAUAGAUUGUUAGAAAAUAGAGCAUCAAACUAGGAAAAGGUUCAACAAAAUUCUGGAGUACUAGUAGAAAGGAAAAACAUCUUGGAGCAGAAGUGUUGACAUGGCAGGUUAUAAACAGUCUUUUUAGUCCUUUGUGCUGUUGGCCAUGAGUCAGGACUCAUGUUUCGUAGAGAUUAAAGGGGAAACAAAUAUUUGAUUAUGGAAUAAAGAGAAAAAUACAACAGUGGGAAAGGCAAUAAAAAGAUGGAGCAGGGUGCCACUGAAGUGCCAGUGAGACAUAGCACAAAAUAAUGUGCAGAGUACUGUUGGAAAUAGCACAGCCCAUGUGAGUCGGUGUGUUCUGUGUGCAUGUGUGUGUGUACAGGGAGAGAGCACGUGGGAGUGCCAGGCUCAGCUGGUGUGUAGCCUGGAAACGGGCAUGCAGGACAGAACCAAAAGUUCUGCAGAUAACUUUGAGACACACUGUCAAAACAUUUUCCACUGUUAUCAGCAGGGACUCAGUUGUUCAAUGUAGCAGGUUGGUAGUUGUAGUGCAGACAUUGUCUCAGCUGGCAGGUUUUUUAAACCACAUUGUUUAGAAUUUAUCCUGUGGAAGCCGAGUGAAAAUAUUAGUGCAUAUAUCAAUAUUGGUGCAUAUCCUAGGGCUCCUAAUUUUGAGAAAAUGCUAAUCAGGUAUUUGGGGUUUGUUGGCCUGGUUUUGUGUGGAGAACCCUUUUAUGGCAGUGCAAAGGGAUGAGGAGGAAAAGAAAGCUAUUUUUUCCUAAAGAAAGAGGUCUCCUUUCUGUAACUGCUCUGUUGUUCAAUAGGAUGUAUCUGUUCUGCCAGAUCCUGUAUGAUCUUUUCCAAUCUCACUGAAGAAAGGAACUCCAUUUAAAAAAUACAACAGUGGGUUUGUGACAGUGAGCAAAUACGUGUAUAAAGGAUGAGGGGAACAGAGAGACUCCCUCUACUCUGUAGCCACCAUGUCUUCAUUGUAUGAUGCCGAGUGAUUCGAGUGAUUCGUAGAAAAGCUUUUAACAAUAAAUACUUUGUUUCUUUGUA